UCAUUUCCCUCCUCCCAGUCUGCCAGACAAACCAGACAAACUCAGCGGACAGAGGAACAACAUGGAUCCGAACACGACGAUUCUGCGAGUCAAGAGGAAAAGGGGGACCGACCCAGCAGAUGCGUUGUUGUUGGCGUGUAAACGUAUCCGGCCGGAGACGUCCCAGGGCUCAGGGGAAACGGUACCGGAGCCGAAUGAAGCCGAGGUGGAAAAUUCUGUCUUCAAACUCGUGGCGACCGUAGCGACACAGGAUGCUCCUGUUCAGACACAGGUGCGACAGGCUUUGGCUCGGCCUCGCAUGGCCCACGCACUGCGCCCCUCUGCUGCCAGUUCCCAACGGAUCAUCGGGGACCUCCGGAGCGCAAAGUGGAGCACCCGGAGGGAGGAACGCUACAGAAUCCUCUCCAGCCACCGUACAGGGCUGUCCAGCCCGGCGGAGCAGCAAACCAACCAGACGGAAGCUUCUGAUGGCGUGGAGGACACUGGGAAAGAGCAGGACAAAUGUUUGGGUCUCGGUGCAAUCCAGGUGGUUGAUCUCCUACAUGAGGAUGUAGAGGAGCAGGACAAAUCUAGCAAGACGCUGUCCUCAGACCCAGAAGUGAUCCUGUGUAACAGCACCAAGAUGCUGCGGGAGCACCUGAGCAUCACCGGAGAGAGACUGGGGGAAGAGCACCGGGAGCAGGACGACGACUACGUCUACGAUCUCUACUACCAGGAAAUGGUCGCGCCAGGCUGGAUCCAGGACAUCCUGUCUGUCAGGGCCUACACCGAUGAGGGAGAACUGGUGCCUGACAUUGUGGUUCAUGAAGAGGAGGUGUAUGAAGACGAGGACGAUGAAAACGAGGAAGGCAACUGGAGGAAUGACUACCCCGACGAGGGGAGCGACGCAGACAGCGACCGAGAGGAGCGCUACGGUGGUUACUGGGAGGAGGAGCACUCGUACAGCCAGAGGAGCUGGGGGCGCUACCAGAGGGAAGUGCUGCACGAGCUGGACUGCCCCGGUGAAGAUGACCAUGAGGAGGAUGAUGAUGAUGGAGACAAAUAUAAUUCCGAUUGAUCUAUCCCUUACCCCCCCCCCUCUCCAAAUGCCUGUCAGUGGAUCUUCCCAAUGCACUCAACACCAAUGAUCACCAUACUCCAUAUUCCUCUGUGUAGGCGAGAGUGGAGGGAAACUACUAUUGCAAUGGCACAUAAUAACAAUAAUAAUAAUAAAUGUAAAUGCAAACCUUGAGGUAAAUAAAAAUGAACUUCAAGAAAUUCCAUCUUAAAGUGAAAUUUGACAAAGAAAUACAAAUGUACUGAGAACAUCCUGUUCUUAACGCCCCCGUUGUUACCAUACCAUAUAUCGCUAAAGCUCUUUAGAGUGAAAUCCAUCCUCCGCUCUACUACACAGAUGGGGAAGGAGUAGGUGUCAUUUCCAGAAGGAUCCAGAGUGUCUUUUUCUUUCUUUUCUUUUUUAACUGUGGUGGAGUGAAUUUGUGUGUGGGUGUUUGUUCCAUGUGGAUGUGUGUGUGUGUGUUAAUAAUGUUGCACAUUAGUGUGAUAUGCCUUGUAUGCUCUGUGUUGUUAACACUUCUGUUAUGAAGACGUCUUGGGCCGCGUGUGGUUGCAAUUUAGGGUGCUGUGUGUGUGUGUAUAUUUGUGUGCGUGUUAGAUUUUUGCAUAAUGUGAAAGUGUGACGCAAGUUUUGUUGUGGGUGUGAGAGUUGGUUCAGAAA